AUGAUUUGUGCCAGUGAUGGAAUUGAAACAUCUCGCGUCUCGUCGCGUCAGACGGGCAUCCCACCUCGGUCGUACAACGGGAUUAACGGCCAGAAGAUCGCCACAACCUUGGCAGCAAUGAGCCUCUUCGCCAAUCCGCUGGCGACGCCCUCGCAGCUCUACCAGCGCGCAUCAGCCUCGUCGCUGCCGCAGGAUCUCCACGAGGCCGUCUUCGUUGCGACGCAAUGCCUGACCCAGGCCGCCGGCAGACUCUUGCAGCUGCCGCAGUCGGUGACGGCGCAAGCCAAUGUUGUUUUGGCGCGGUACUGGGUGGUGGACUCGCCCAUGGCCCAUGAAUUCAGCGACGUAUCGGCUGCUACGAUAUACCUCGUCUCAAAGCUGGGGCCGAUUCCUCGCUCCCCGCGGGAUGUCUCCAACGUCUACGCGUAUCUGGCAUCUGCCAAUUCGCAACUCUUUCCUACAGACGAGCCACCAAAGAACGAUCCGCGGACAUACUACCAAUCAGAAGCGGACUAUUACGCUUUCCAGCAGCGCAUGUUGAGCUUGGAAGCUCGCAUUCUUCGGUCACUGUCGUUUGAUACUCACGUCGCUCUUCCACACCCGCUGGCCAUUACGUACCUCCAGACACUGGACUUCCUAUCGCAGCCACGAACAACAGUCUCUCUGCGCGUACUUCAAUACCUCAACACGGCUCUGCUAUCGCCACAGAUGCUCUACGUCACUCACCAGCCGCACGCUUUGGCCACGGCGGCGAUAUACAAUGCAGCGCGCGACUUGGGCGCCAAGAUGCCGGAGCACGAGUGGUGGGAGGUAUUCGAUGUUGACCGCGAAGAGCUGGGAUUUCUGGUGGUUGCCAUGCGCAGCGUGGAGGGAUGGAUGCAGAAGCUCAAGGAUGACAUUCCGAGCUUUGGAAGCAAGAUGUUAACGAGAAGCUUGAUUGAAGACGAAUUAAAGAAGAGGGGGCUACGUGUCGACGGCGGAGAUACGGCAGCCGUGGAUGAGGAAGAUGAAGUUAUGCGAAUGAUGGACAGCCGAUGAGACAGCAAGCAAGCUCAUUACAGAGCUUCGGGGCAGGACCCACGCGAGUAACUGAAAUGGAUGCUUCCGUUGACUUGGAGGUGCCACCUGACUCUCCAGAUUCAUCUGCCUCGGUGAGACUCUGGCAAAUCUAGACCAGCCAGGCUGAAGGCGAAUAAGACGCAGGAUGGAAGGAUUUCUUGCAGCUAAAGAGCCUCUGGAUUUCACGAUUUGCCCUGUUAUCGCCCAGUUAUGCGAACUAGUACCUCGCGGGAUUCUUUUUCCAGCUCCCACGAGGCAUCUGUUUACUGACGAAAGGGCGGGCUUGAGUGAUAUCCUGAGGGGAUGAGACUAGGUCUCGACCUCGAACACUUAUGCUGUGUGCUGCUGGGAGAGCGGCAACCUCACAAACUACCAGCAGCCUCUUGUUUACACAAAACGGCAC